AUGGUGAAGUUCGAAGGAGAUUUUAGUAUUAACGCAAUUUUAAUGAAUCAUGCGGCAUCCAAACCGCCGCCGUCUCCAACUACAUCCAACACCACUCCAUCUGAAGCGGAUUUGAGCGAUUCAGAGCUGGAUGUUACGGGCACCGAGCCCGUUGACUGCACCAAGCCUAAAGACGACGAGAAGAAGGACAAGAAACAUGAAAAACCUGCAUACAGCUACAAUGCAUUAAUAAUGAUGGCAAUACGGAACAGUCCCGAGAAACGUCUCACAUUAAAUGGGAUCUACGAGUACAUCAUGACCAACUUUCCCUACUACAGAGAGAACCGGCAGGGCUGGCAGAACUCCAUCAGACACAACCUGAGUUUGAACAAGUGUUUUGUUAAAGUGCCGCGACAUUACGAUGACCCUGGCAAAGGGAAUUACUGGAUGUUGGAUGCGUCCGCCGAAGAUGUUUUUAUUGGUGGUACAACUGGCAAGCUCCGUCGGCGGUCAGCGUUGAACGGCAGAUCACGCCUUGCUUGUUUUAAGCGGCCUUUAUUCCCUGGUGGCCCCUUACCUGGAGGCUAUCCGCCCACCACAUACUCUCAGCUGGUCGGUUUGUACUCGCAAUUGUUGUACCAGCGAUACGCACCUAUGCAAAUGAAGACCCCGCCAGUGACUCCUAGCGCCGUACACCCGGCUUUUAGAACUGAGAACUACUCAGGAUUACCCUAUUCUCCAGCGAUGUAUGAGCGUAUGCCGACGGGUCCGUUCUUGGGCCAGUCGCCGCUACUCCAGAGCUCCCUCAACCCUCAAAUGAUGUCGCAGACGUCCCCGCUGCUGCCACCAUCACCACCUAUCAUGCAACAUUCGCCCAGCAACUCAGGUGCUUCCAGCCCUGAGCUGUCUUCACCUUCGCACCACCCACUAACACCCCACAUCUACAAACCGGUGACAGUGUUGACGCGACAAUAA